GCUGCCGGACGGGAAAUGGCCUCGGAGCGGAUUGCGGUGCAGAUGGACGAGUUCCUCCACCGCCAUCUCGAACUACGCCGUUCGCUGAAGGCCAAGCUUGCGAACCAGUUUUUUGUGGCCACUAGUGAUACGCAGGCGGCCAAUAUGCUCGGUUUUAUGCUGGGCUGUGAGCCGCUUGAAACGGCCCAACUAGAGUGCUGCGAAACGGAACCAUUGUUCGACCCGGAUCUCUUUAAGCGAUACCUACUCCCGAUCGUGAAGCGUAUGCCGAGCCGUGAAUUUUGCUUCCUUCCGCUGGUGCUGGAACAUAAGGAGCACCCGGCAACACCGGAGCUGAGCCUGCUGAUACGGGUACGGUGUGCCCGGCCACACCACGCCAAGUUCUGUUACCUCGAUCUGGCCCGACGGCGCUACGCCGGUUACCCUGAGUUCGUGCGUUCCAACCGGUUCCCACCCUGCACGCUCUGGUGUCCCCGGAAUGGUUUGAUAUCGUACGAUGCCAGCGGCCGGAUACGGGUUAGUGGCUGGAAGGUAAAGAAACGCCGUGGUGAACUGUGGAAAACGUUAUCCGUCGUUGGUAACAUUGGCGCGGUCGUGUUGAUGGCGUUUGCAUCGGACUUUGCGCCGCUACUGGUGCUGGUUACGCUACCGAUGACCGGCUUUUCGAUCGUGGAUCUAGUCGAUGGCAUCCGGCACGAGCGAAAUGCGGUGAUCGCAUUCCGCGCUACCGCCGUAGCCACCAAUCUGAUCACUUUCGCUAGUGUCGGGCUGACCGUGGCCUGCCAAUCGGCACGUUUGCGCCAACUACUAACGGUCGAUCAAUUGAAACUGCUACAAUCGGCUGAGUCGUUCUUGCAGGUGGCCAACACCAGCAUGAUGGCCACGUAUGCACUGGUUUCCAUCGUCGGCAGCGUGUCAGGGUUCGCCAACCUGAGCAAACUCGAGUGGCUACUGCUAGCGGCCAACCUAUGCCUGGCGCACAGGAAAUGCCUCACGCUGGAGGGCGCCAAGGAUCUCAUCGCAAAGCUGGAACUGCGCGGGAUCGCAACGUUCUUCCUCACGACCUGCCGGAACAUCAAGCUCAAGUACCGGGAGCUAAUGGCGGCAAUCGAACCGUAUCUGGACACCGUCCUUCCCUUCGUUCUCGACGUUCUCAUGCAAGGCAUCGAGUUUAGCGUGACGGACGAUUUCACCGAAAUCACAAUCUUCGGCUACCGGUUCCAGUUCCGGACGCUGCUGAACGUGGAUCCAAAGCUGCUGAAAUCGUUAUUUGCACAGUUGGCGGAACGGGCGGGUGAAAUGGUGGAAUCCGUUGGCAAGUGUUUGCAGGUGGCCCACUCGAACCCACUGCUCGGUGAUGCGCCAACACUGCUGGAACUGUUACAGGCCAUACUGGAGCUCGGUGGACGGUUGAAAGCGCUUAAGGAAAGUGCGGACCUUCUAAUCAACGCCAUCCGGUUCGGUCGCGGGCUUGAGUUUACGCGCGAAACUUUGUUGGCAUGGUGGCAUGCGCCAUCGCAUGACCGGAUCGCCCUGCUGCGGGCUCUCGUUGCACUGGAGCGCGAACAAACGGAACAGCUGAACGAGCUGCGGUCGAGUGGACGACUGAAGGAUGAGGAUUUGUUCCGCUGGCUCGUAGGGUCCGUAAACGCUAUCGAGGGUCAUGGCGAGGCGCACGAAUGUUACACGCUUCUGCUCCACUUUCUGCUCGAUGUGGCCCAACGGAUACCAUCGUCAUCGGCGAUCGUGUUCGAUGACGAGCAGCACAUUAUCGUUGAUGAGUUGCUAGCGAUCACAGUGACCGAGUACAAUGCAGUGUCCACCGGGUAUCGUGAUGUGCUACUGAACGAUCGCCGGUUCUUACAGCUGUGUCGUGAUAGCUCCGUCGCUGGUACCAAUCUGCUGAAGCGCGCCCAACAGUCCUGGUUGCGCACGUGUUCCCAGGAGCAUCCACAGUUUGAAACGAUCGGUUUGCUGGUGGACCUGCUCGGUUCGGAUGUACCUCGUCUACCAAUGCCCUCAUCGCGUGCCCUCGACAUCGCACUGGACGUGGCCGGAUACACUGUUGGGACGGUGUACUAUGGCAUCCUAUUCGCUAGCCACGUUUUGCGCUCAGAGGGAAGCAGCAGCACUAGCGACACAGUGGAAGCCCGGUUCCGUCAUCUGCUAAGUGUGGCCGAGAAUCAUCGAUCGGCGACUGCAGAUCCAACGCACCAUCGUGGAGAGCCCACGAGCGCAGAGGACGAAGAAUUGGUUGCACUGCUGGAUCGACUGAAUACCGAUGCCGAUACUGACGAUAAUUAUCUACGGGAAGAAGAUUGGCGUUAG